AUGUACCAUGAUAAGCGCUUUCAACUAGAACCAUUGUUUCCACUGGUUGCAUUAAACCAUGAGCAGAUCAAAAAAUCGACCACAGCAGGAUAUUUGUUGGCAGACAAAAACAAGUUUGGUGAAAUAGCUAACAGGCUUCUGAACAUCAAAGACUCAACCUUGGCAGAUAUCAUUCAGCGGCUUAGCACUGGGUCUAUGAAACCAGAGACCGAAGAUGAAAAGGCUUGCUUCAAAAUAUUGAAUGACCUGGAUCAUGUCAAUUACAAGGUGCAGGGCUCCAUUACAAGCAAGAAAUAUAUGCGCAAUGAAAUAUGGUCCCUGGUCUCCUACCUCGGUGCACCUUCAUGGUUUGUGACCUUUGCUCCUGCUGAUGUCAAGCAUCCUGUGGCCCUAUAUUUUGCAGACACCAAUCUGAAAUUUGUACCUGAGUUCAGAGACAAGAAUGAGUGUCUGCGGUUGAUUGCAAAUAAUCCAGUGGCUGGUGCACGCUUCUUCAAAAUGAUGAUGGAUCUGUCUAUCAAGCAUGUUCUUGGGGUGGGAUUGGACAGACCAGGGUUGUAUGGCCAAACAUCAGGAUAUUAUGGGACAGUGGAACAGCAGGGCCCUCAAAGAAAGACAAGGCUGAUCUGGAUAAAUCUGACAAACCUGAAUUUGAUAAUCGAGGCUGCACAGACAAAAAUGGAAAUUGCAAAGCCCGGUUCCCCAGAGAGACCCAUCCAGAGACUGUGGUAG